CUCUUUCUCUCCACCACGCCCAUCCUCCAUUCCUCUUCCUCCACCACCACAAGGGGUAUCUAGCCAUAAUGAGCGACGAAGUUUACGAGGGUGCCAUUGGCAUCGAUCUUGGCACGACCUAUUCGUGCGUUGCCAACUAUGAGGGCACCAACGUCGAGAUCAUUGCCAAUGAGCAGGGCAGCUUCACCACGCCUUCUUUCGUCUCUUUCACGAGCGAGGAGCGUCUUAUUGGAGAGGCGGCCAAGAACCAGGCUGCUAUGAACCCGGAGAACACUGUCUUCGAUGUCAAGCGUUUGAUCGGGCGACGAUUCGACGAUGAGACAGUCAAGAAGGAUAUCGAGUCCUGGCCAUUCCGGGUCGUCGACCAAAACGGCAGCCCCAUGGUCGAGGUUGAGUACUUGGGCGAGACCAAGACCUUCUCGCCCCAGGAAAUCUCUGCCAUGGUCCUCGUCAAGAUGAAAGAAGUUGCAGAGGUCAAGCUCGGCAAGAAGGUCGAGAAGGCUGUCAUUACCGUGCCCGCUUACUUCAACGACAACCAGCGACAAGCCACCAAGGACGCCGGUGCCAUCGCUGGACUCAACGUUCUCCGUAUCAUCAACGAGCCUACCGCCGCCGCUAUCGCCUACGGUCUUGGAUCCGGAAAGUCUGAGAAGGAGCGAAAUGUUCUCAUCUACGAUCUUGGAGGAGGAACUUUCGAUGUAUCCCUUUUACAUAUCCAGGGUGGUGUGUUCACUGUCAAGGCGACUGCUGGUGACACUCAUUUGGGUGGCCAGGAUUUCGACACCAACCUCCUUGAGCACUUCAAGAAGGAGUUCAACAGGAAGACCAAGAAGGAUCUGUCGGGAGAUGCGCGAGCUCUCCGUCGUCUACGGACGGCUUGCGAGCGUGCCAAGCGUACUCUCUCCAACGGUACCCAGACCACGGUCGAGAUCGACUCCCUCUUUGACGGAGAAGACUUCCAGUCCAACAUCACCCGUGCCCGUUUCGAAGACUUGAACGCAAAGGCCUUCAACGGCACCAUCCAGCCCGUCGAGCAGGUGUUGAAGGAUGCCAACCUCGACAAGACCAAGGUUGACGAGAUUGUGCUUGUUGGUGGCUCCACCCGUAUUCCCCGGAUACAAAAGUUGCUCAGCGACUUCUUCAACGGCAAGAAGCUCGAGAAGAGCAUCAACCCUGACGAGGCUGUUGCGUACGGUGCAGCUGUCCAGGCCGGUAUCCUGUCCGGCAAGGCUACAUCUGCUGACACCGCCGAUCUCCUCCUCCUCGAUGUUGUUCCUCUUUCCCUGGGUGUUGCCAUGGAGGGUAACAUCUUCGCUCCCGUCGUUCCCCGUGGGCAAACAGUCCCAACGAUCAAAAAACGAACCUUUACCACAGUAGCGGAUAAUCAACAGACCGUCCAGUUCCCCGUCUUCCAGGGCGAGCGUGUUAAUUGUGAGGACAAUACCUCGCUCGGGGAGUUCACUCUUGCUCCUAUCCCUCCCAUGAAGGCUGGUGACGCCGUCCUCGAGGUCGUCUUCGAGGUCGAUGUCAACGGUAUCCUCAAGGUCACUGCCACUGAGAAGACCUCCGGCCGCAGCGCCAACAUCACCAUCUCCAACUCUGUUGGAAAGCUGUCAUCCACUGAAAUCGAGACUAUGAUUGAAGAUGCUUCCAAGUUCAAGGCUUCCGACGAGGCUUUCAGCAAGAAGUUCGAGUCGCGACAACAGCUCGAGUCCUACAUCUCCCGCGUUGAGGAGAUGGUCUCGGAUCCCACCACCUCCAUCAAGCUCAAGCGCGGCCAGAAGGAGAAGAUUGAGAGCGCUCUCAGCGAUGCGAUGGCCCAGCUCGAGAUCGAGGAUGCGGGCGCGGACGACCUCAAGAAGAAGGAGUUGGCGCUCAAGAGGGUGGUCACCAAAGCUUUCUCUACCCGUUAGACAACAGACCAUACAACAGAGAUGAGGGUAGGGGUUGAGUUGAGAGAACGCGGGAUAGGUGGGUGCGGGUGUGGUGCAGGGUGGGUGGUAAUUACGAUCAGCCAAAGGGUUUUUUUGGAAUCGAUUAGCAACGUGAUUAGCUUUGAAAAGAACAGGGGAAGAGAGCCCGAUUUUUCCUUUUCUCCUUUUCACGGUGUUUUCACUCAUGCUCAGAUGUCUUUUUUCCAAAUUAGA